UCACAGAUCUCUGUGUCUCUCUCAGACAGUUGUGUGGAGUGUGUGCGGUUGUGUGUUUGUGUAACGGCUGCCGCGGUGAUUUUCCCGUUACUGACGUGGGCAGGAUACAAGCUCCUCCCCUUUGAAGCCCCGCCCCUUGACAGCUCCGCCCUCCGGCUGAUCUACACACUGCGCUGUGCGUUCUUCGCCAGCAUUCCCAUCGUGCUCGGUGUGCUGGUUCAGGGUGCGUCGCGUCUGAGGUUCGGGACGCUGAAGCCUCUGUUUGACGGGACGUGGGAGAACCGCGAGGUGGCCGUUCACGAUCAUUACGUGCGACACUCGCUGCACCUGUACCUGCUCUACUUCCUGCAGCUCGCCGUCAUGGCAACGUACACCCAACAGGAAAUGCUCAAACUGGUGCCGCUCCUCACCAUCAUCUUCGUCUUCGGCAGGCUGAUCUACUGGGUGUGUGUCGUGUUCGGCAGCAGUGUACGAGCGCUUGGAUUCGCUCUCUCCUUCCUGCCUCUGCUUGUUCUGCUGGCCGCAAACCUUUAUUUCAUUGGCUCGGCGAGCGGACAGGAGGCGGUGUUUCACGUGGCCCCGCCCCCUACAGCUUCACCCCCAAAACAGAGGCGGUGGGGCUGAAAACCAUGUCCGAAUAAUCAGAAUUAUCACUUAAAUAGCGAGUCUUUUACUGCCGACGUCACAUCCGUCCAGCCAGACGAUCAAAACAAAGACUGAAUGAAAGACUCUCGCUCGCACAGAAAGGCAGAGAUGAUGAAUGGGACGAAACUCAAUAUGCGUCAUGAGACAAAACCAGUUUAACUGCUGCAAACGCUCGUGAUUCGGUCUUUCAGCAAAUCUGACCUCAGUAGUUACUCACUAUGACUUCACACACACACA